CCCCCCAGGAAGCCAUGAAGAAGAAGCAGUGAUGACGCAGGUCCAACAUGGCGCUGCAGGUGGAGUUGUGUUGCCUGGAAACUUUCCCCUCUCACCUCAGUCCUCUGGAUGUUUUGAUUUUCCAAUCUCACCUGGACUCGAUCUUCCAGAAUGACAGCGACCCACCAACCGUCCUCUUCACCCCGCAGCCGCCUCAGGGCUCCUGUAAGCCGGGCAUUUUACUGCGCCUCCACCCGACCACCGAAGAGGAGACUCCUGGUUCCCCCAGACCCGAGUUCAAGACCCGUGUCCGGCUCUUCAUCAGCCGGCUCUUCCUGCAGCACCACGGGCUCCAGAGGGCCGGGAGCACCGGGACUAUCCGGGCCAUGGAGCCGGUUUCCCUGAACAGAGUGGUGCUGGGAGCCCGCAGCAGACAGACUCUCCUCUGGGCAGGAGGAGAGAGGUUCACCGAGGGGCUGCUGGAGCUCUGCAGCCCGGGACAGUGUCUGCUGGCCCGGCAGGGAGACCCGCUGCUGCUGCCCCCCAUACACCCGGGACAGGACCCGGGACAGGUGAUGGAGCUGCUGGUGUUGGAGUGCAGUCCUGUCACCCAGGGACGGAUCACAGCCGACACCUCUCUGGUUCUGACUGACUGCUGGGACCCCCCGGACCCCCCUGCCGCCCCUCCACCCUGCACACUUAUACCGCUCAGACUGUGCGUGUCAGACUUCGCUCAUUACGCUGACGGCCUCGGAGGCGGUCUCUCUCUCCUGGACAACAGGAAGCUGCUGGGCUCUGGGUUUUCGGGCGUCCUGCAGGCGCUGGAGUGCAGGCUGGACGUCCGGGUGGUGGACACUCAGCGAUGGCGGGGGGUCAAAGGUCAGCAGGGGGUCGCUGUGGAUGUGGACAGCUGUGUGUUUGUGAGCAAACAGCUGCUCCUCAGGCUGGGGCUGUUCAACCAGGAGUGGGUGAAGCUGUCGCGGCCGGGCGGUUCCUGCAGAACAGCUGAUGUGAGGGGGGGGGUCUGCAGACAGAGGCUGGUCUCUGUGCUGGUGCUGGAUCCAUCACUAAGUCCAGAUCUGCAGAACCAGGAGGAAGUCGGUUUCAUAUCAGCAACUCUGUGGUUCAACAUGACUGAAGGAGACGUGAUCCCCGUGAGCAGCUGCACUCUGAGGAUGAAGAGGUGGAGACCCUCUCCUCCAGCGCCCGGCGGUCCGCACUCUCACAGCUUCUGUCGCUCAGCUUCUCCUGCGUUCUCCAGCGAGCUUCACGUCCAGCCCGUGGUUUCCCCGCUCUACAACAGCCUCAGCUGCUACGACACGGUGCUGUCUGAACACUUCAGCACGCCCAGGCUGGUUUCAGAGGGAGACAUCCUGACCGUUCGUGCUGAAAACCAUCCAGACCUGCUGGAGAACAACUCAGAGGGAAUACACAGGUGUCCGGUGCUGUACUUCAAAGUGCAGAAGGUGUGUCCGUCUGCAGAGAGAGAAGAAGAGGAUGAAGAGGAGGGAGAAGCUCUCCUGGCUGACAGACAACACACCUCUCUCUACAUGCAAGCGUCCACCAGCAGCGCGGCCCCCCCCCUCUCAGUGGAGGGCUCCUCUCUGUGGAGCAGCCUCUCUCCUCCGGGCCUCCUCAGGACGGUGGAGCUCCUCAGCAGCAUCGUCCUCCCUCACCUGCACCACAGCAGCUCUCUGCCCGGCUGCACCGUCCUCCUUCACGGCCCGUCAGGAAGUGGGAAGAUGACAGCAGUCAGCGCAGCGAGUCGGAGACUGAACCUCCACCUGCUGAAGGUGGACUGUGUGAGUGUGUGUGCUGACACCCCAGCAGCCUCGGAGGUGAAGCUCAGCUCGGUGUUUCAGCGGGCUGAAGCCAUGCAGCCCUGCGUCCUGCUGCUCAGGAACCUGCAGGUCCUGCUCCGCCCUCGAGGGGGUGCCGAGGAGCACGGCAGGGUGCAGGCCGUGCUGAGCCAGCUGCUCCACAGCGCCCCCACCAGCGUGGUGGUGGUGGCGACGGUCUGCAGGCCUCGGGAGGUGUCUGCAGGGGUCAUAUCAGCGUUCGUCCACCAGGUGGCGCUGGAGAGUCCCUCUGAGGAGCAGCGGCGCUCCAUGCUGCUCAGCCUGAGCCGAGACCUCCCUCUGGGGAGAGACGUGGACCUGGAGAGGCUCUCCAAAGUCACCGCGGUGCGUUCACGGUCAGGAGCAACAGCUCAGAUACUUUCAGAAAAAUACACGUCUGGAACAAAAACUCUUAUCAGCUAAAUGACAAAUAUGUUUAACACUUAAUUCAGUGGAUGAAUCCCAAUAGUUUUGCUUAUGUCACCUUAAUCACUAG